AUGCAACUCAUCGAGUGUAGUGCUGUUUACGGAGGUCCAUCAGAGUCCAUCAGAGGAGCCAUACUCUCAUUGGCCAACGCGGAGCCACAAUGCGCUCGUGGCCACUUGCCCAGCCUUUGCGACCUUGCCAGCGUUUUUGAGCUUCCGAAAAACGCUCAAAAAUCA